AUGGGUCGGAAGCCCAAUCAGGUCAUUGCUUCAUACUUCCACCGAGGCCCCAAACUCGCCGACAACAGCAACAGAUAUCCCCACACCUGUAAGCUUUGCGGUGAGGAUUUUCCCAAGGGCAGAAUCGAUAGCCUCACAAACCACAUCACCAAGCCUGGAAAAUGCCCCGCCAUUUCAGAGAGCGCCCGUAUUCAGGCGUGCCUGGCCUUACAUAGUAUUCCAAACCCGGCUGCCCUGCAACGCAAGCAGGGCGCCAGGGCCGGCGACAAUGGAUCCAACCCCUCUGAUCCGACAAUGACGGCCAACUGGAGCGCGCUGGAAGCCCUCGCUGAAGCGUCUAGACGGGUCAACAUGAGCGAGAAGCAUGAUGGGAGAGAUCAGGAUUCGAGCCCCGCCACGCCGUCGGCUGCACACUACAUGGUGGGCGCCCAGUUCACCCUCGAUAACCCUCCUGCCAACUAUGGGAACCCCGCCUUGACUCCCAAAGCCGCUACUGCCAGCGACGGCGGCGGGCUGCUGGCGGACGGAGAUGGAGUUUCUUCGGAAGCCCACCACGACCCGGCAGCCCAGGAGACGAGCGCCUCCGAUCCGUCCCACGCCCAUUCUCAAGUCGCCUCUUCCGCCGCCGACCCCGAUAUAGACUCCGCGAACCUAUCGGUUGCCGCUGCCGCCGCUGCCCGCCUAAACCCGUCAUUUCUCGACCCUCAACUGAUCGCUGAGGAGGUCACGGCCUCCCUCGCGCCCCCUACCGAACCGAGCCAUGCCAUUGUCGAUCCCCUUCCUCCCCAAAGCGCGUCAAGUCCGCCUUGGGGCGAGAUAACAUACCUGGCAGCUAGUCCCACUGCCGUCUCCCAUCACGAAACGCUCCAAAUCCCCCUUCCGCUGCAGAAAGGUGGGGUUAGGAUGGAUACUGGCGACGGCUCGCCCAACGGUCGACCCCGCCAUUCUCGGGCCAGGUUCGACCCCACACGACGGAAGGAGGUCCAAGAGGUCCGCAAGAUUGGCGCCUGCAUACGUUGCCGCAUCCUUCGCAAAAACUGCGGCAAGGGUAACCCUUGUGAUACCUGCCGAAAGGUUCUAUCCCCUCGCGUAUGGCGUUCUGGCUGCGUCAGGACCCGUCUUCACGAACAGCUGGACCUGUACUCGGCCGGUGUUCAAGUUGUCCUAGCGCAGAGGCGAUAUAAUCUCCUCAAGUCCUCUUUGCGGAUCGCAAACACGGGUGCCCAGCAUGACGGCGAGCUCGAGGCCGAAGCCCGCUCAGUCAUGAUUGACUUCGAGGCCGAGGACAUCCCCAACAUAGUAGAGGGUUACAUGCGGCAGGCGUUGCCGGUUCUCAUUGAACUCGAAAUCAUUGACCGCGAGCGGCAAUGGAAACUUAUCGAGAAACGACCUGGCGAAGAGACUUCGGAGCCCAGAUAUAUUAGAGAGACAUCUGAGAAACCGGAGCUAGACGUCUACACGAUCAUGUGCCUCCAACUAAACGCCGCGGCCGAGAGGAAGGCUAAUGCAACAUCAAUGACACUACUAAACGGGAUGCAACGAAUCCUUCAAGACAGCAAAAUCAAGAUUGGAUUUCCCAUGUACAUCACCGCCCUCGUUUUUCUCAACUGUGUAGAGAAAAGUACGUGGAGUUUCAAAGCGUGGGAGCAGGACGAGAUCCGGGUCGGGUGGCCUCUGGAGCGUGAGCCGGGGACCUUUACAUCUCAAGGCGAGACUCUGGCUAGUCUCCUACGCCUCCUCUUGAUCAUCCGCCGCGUGCUACCGCAGACAGAGCGGUCUAGCGAUAGCGGCAAGUUGAUCGUUCUUGGGGAGGUCGACCCAAUCAUCGCAACCUUCUUCCAUAAACUAGAUCUAGACUUUGAUACUCUGCAGACCCGAAGGGAUAUACCGGAAUUCAACCCGGGCGAUUCCCGCUCCUUGGAACUUGCCUUUUGUUCUCAUCUGCUGUUACCGCGUCCUGCAGCAUAA